UGCACUCUUUGGAUCAGAUCGCAUCCAUAUCGUUUACCAGAACUCGCCGCGUUUCGGUUCUUGUCGCCCAUCCGCCGCCCGCCCUCCGUCUACCCCCACAAGGUCCUGUAGAAACCCCGCGAUCUCGGAGCAGCGAUCAUGGCGGCGGAGGCCGGAGGCAUCGCUCUUCUCUCCAUGUACAACGAUGAGGAGGAGGACGACGAGGAACAGGAGCCCGAGGCCCACGCCGGAGCCGGCGGCCGCGCCGACGCCGACGCCGACGCCGACGGCGGAUCGAAGAACAACGGCAUCUCCCCGCCCUCGUAUCCUGCCAUAGAGAGCUCUUCUCCCUCCCUAGGCGCUCGAUCUCCUUUCUUUCCCGACGAAGGCGCGGAUUACAAAACCCUAAAGAGCCCUGUCGCCCGGAGCCCUACGCCGCCGCCGUUCCGUCUGUUUCAGCAGUCUUCGCCCUUUCCCUUGACUUCUCCUUCUCCGCCUCCGCCGGUGCCGCCGCCGACUUCUUUUUCCGAUCCUGUGGGUGCGCAGAGGAUGAGGAGAGGGUCGCUGGUCAUAGUGGAUUACGCCCACGAUGAGAACGCCUUGUCUCCCGAACCUGAGGAGGGAGAGAUACUGAGCAGUGGCCGUGUUGUGAUGGGCGCAGAGCUUCAGGUUUCCAAUGGAAACCUUGAGGAGAGGACCCCACCAGGAACUGUUCAUAUUUUAACACCAAACACCCAACAAGAACCUCCUCAGUCUUCUGACUUACCUGAGCAGUCCAAAAAUGAAAUCAGUGUGGCAAUGGAAUUUAGUGUUGCAGAGCCUGAAGUAGCUCCGGUUGAGGAAGCUGCUGCAGAUUCUAUGGAAACGCAAAAGGAUGACCCAUUGAAUAAGUUCCUUCCUCCACCCGUGACAACAAAAUGCACUGAAGAGUUGCAGUUAUUUCAGGAAAAGAUAAACAAGUUUCUUGCAUAUAAGAGGGCUGGGAAAAGUUUCAAUGCUGAUUUGCGUAAUAGAAAGGAUUACCGAAAUCCUGACUUCUUGCAGCAUGCUGUGAGAUAUCAAGAUAUAGAUCAGAUAGGGACUUGCUUGAGUAAAGAUGUGUUUGACCCUCAUGGGUAUGACAAAAGCGACUACUAUGAUGAAAUAGAGGCUGAUAUGAAGCGUGAAGUGGAAAGGAAGGAGCAGGAAAGGAAAAAAAGUCAGAAAGUUGAGUUUGUUGCAGGAGGCACACAACCUGGAACAGUUGCUCCGGCAUUGAAGAUGAGUAUGCAGAUCCCAGUUGCAGGUGUUUCAGCUGCUGCCACUGGGGUUGUGCAGCCAGUUCCAAAAGCUGUAGAUGCCAUAACAAAAGAUAUUAGACAAAGCAAGAAAACAAAGUGGGAUAAGAUUGAUGGUGAUGUAAAGAAUCCAAUGCAUACCGGAGGGCAUGAUAAUCUUUCUACAGUUGGUGUGCAUGCAGCACAUCUAUCAACUGCUAAUGCUGGUGCUGGAUACACUGCAUUUGCGCAACAAAAGAGGAGAGAAGCUGAAGAAAAAAGAUCGAGUGAGAGAAAGUUUGACAAACGAUCGUGACCUGCUUGAAUUUCAUGGAGAUCUUCAGAGAGAACCUUCUGGCUGGACCAUGGUAGUUGACUUUGGAAUGUACUCGGAAAAUUUUUCCAUGCUCGGAUGUUUCAUCUUGUUUUGCAUCUUUCCCAGGCACAAUGUUGAUAAAGUUGGGUUGGCGGGAUAGGCCUAUGAACUAAGCUGUUGGUAAGUUGCAAGAACUAUAUCUGUCAACCAGUAUAAUAAUAAUAAUUCUUGUAAGCUGAUAUAGCAUGUAGUUUGUGGUGCAUAGCCAAUUAUGGCCGUUGCAGCAUAUGAUGCCCGCACAAGCUAUAAAGCUUCAUUUUUCUUUAUUUUCUUUGGACCCAAAUGAGAGAGCACAGCUUUUCAAGACACCCGUUCGGCACAAGUGAGAGCACGAUGCUUCAUGUACCAAAAAAUAAGAAAAAAAGGCAUGAUAUUUGGGUAACCCCGGAAUUUAUUUUCAAGGCCAGUUCAAUUUGGUUAUUCACCAGAUGGGGAUGCAUACCGGUUAAUCAGCAGCGCAUGACCAUGCAGGGGAACUAGUGGGAAAAAGAAGUUGAACUAUUGCUUAAAAUAAACGUAAAAAAAAAAGAAGAAGAAAGCCAGCAGGAACCUUUUACAGGUUAAUUGGCAGAGAAUAAAGAUUCAGGGGAACCAGUGCGAGAAAGAUGUUCAAAUGCUGUUUAAAACAGAAGUCAGAUAAAGAAAAAAAACCUGCAGAAACCCAUUACAUGUUACCUAGCAAUUUAUCAUGUUUUGGGCCCCUGCUAAUGGAACUUGGGGACAGCUUCGAACUACUAUUUUUCGCUUCAUGCUUAUCUUUUGUUUUCAAUUAUUGUUACUCCUUGUCAGAACUCUGAUUGGUUGAUUCAAGAUAAGAGAUGCUUUACGGAUUUC